GCCCCGCCUGCUCCUCUCACCCAAAGCAAGCGUCGGGCUGGGAGAGUUUGUUUCGAGACUGGAAAGGGGAAAAAAAUGGAUCUGCUGCCAAAUUCAGAACCCCUGGCUACAAAACUGCAGAACGCUCUGAUUCAGUACCACAGCAUCGGAGACAGCGAAUGGCGGAUUGCUAAGAAAACUAAAGAUGCUACUGUGUGGCGUAAACCAUCAGAAGAAUUCAGUGGAUACCUCUACAAAGCUCAAGGAGUGGUAGAAGACGUUACUAACAGAAUAGUGGAUCAUAUUCGCCCUGGACCUUACAGGCUAGACUGGGACAGCUUAAUGACUACAAUGGACAUCAUAGAAACAUUUGAAGAGAAUUGCUGUGUGAUGCGUUACACCACUGCGGGCCAGCUCUGGAACAUCAUAGCACCGAGAGAGUUUGUUGAUUUCUCUUAUACUACAAGCUAUGAAAAUGGCCUUCUAACAUGUGGUAUAAGCCUAGACUAUGGAGAAGUGAGACCCAAUUUUGUCCGUGGAUUCAAUCACCCUUGUGGUUGGUUCUGCGUCCCACUUAAGGACUACCCUAGCCACAGUCUUUUGACGGGUUAUAUUCAGACUGAACUGCGAGGGAUGCUACCACAAUCUGCAGUGGACACUGCCAUGGCUAGUACCCUGACUAAUUUCUACUCUGACCUCAAAAAGGCACUGAAAACAUAGUUAAACUGACUUAGAAGACCAUGCGUUUCUUGCAAUCGAAUUACAUUGUACAGUUUAGCAUAGGUUAGCUACUCAGUUCAGAGGCAAGUAGUAUUAUUCCCGAAUGAUACCUGAAGCCUUAUGUAGAGAGAUCCAAACAACUUCACAAAGUACUUUUUGAUCCGAUACCUAGCCGGACUGCAUACAUUCCUAAUUCACAGCACAGAAUUUUGUUUCCUGCUCAACACUCUAUAGCUGUGUAAAGUAUAGUUUGAACAUAUAAACCCCCUACUUCGACAAGGAUAACACAAGACGCGAGCCUGGGCUUUGUAAACGCAGCAUGAAGUCAGCUCUCACCAACAGUAUUGGGAGCAGAGGCUGCUCAGGAUUUUCAGUGGGUACAGGUCACUGUGCAGGCAGCAUCUCAUUGAAUAUGUAAUUUUAUAAUCUAUUUUUUUAUCUUUAAAUAUUUAAGCUAUGUAGUUUGUGCAGGUGCAUCUAAUUUCUAUACAUUUUACUGAUCCAUAAUAAUUCUUGGUUUUUAACAAUCUGCUUUGAUUUACCAUAGGAAUGUUAUAGCUGAAUUUUUAAAUGAUACUAUUCAUUAGAAAGCUAUUCGCUUAUGUUUGUUAGCUAAAGUAAGUAGCCAUUAUUGGUAUUUCUUCAGUGUUGUGCAACAGUAGCUUAACUGUUGUAUGCAACAGUCUCAGUGCAUAGAUAAAGAAAUGCCCUUACAGCUGAUCCAAAGCUCAUGCAAGUCCUCAGGUGUCUUCCCAUAGUUUUCUGUGGGCUUUUAAUCACAUGCUUAAUCAUCAAAAUAGCAAACCUCACACAGUUCUUAGGUAGUACUCUGCGCUUGGAAAUAGCUUUUACUUGGAUUGGCAUGCAGUUGUGUUACGAGUUUAAUUUUUGCAUUCCUUAACCAAAAAAACCUGAAGUUACUGAAACUACAGACAGGUCCACUAGCUUGCUUCAACCCAGGCAGUGGUGUAGCCACAACAGCACAGACUUGCUGCAUACCUGGGCAGGUAGCCAGGCCCAGCUACCUCAAGCGUGCCUGUGCUGGUGCAGCACACUAGGGUGUUCUGUGGUAAUACCAAGACUGAUACCUGCAAUAAGUGAAGUAAGCAUUUUAGAACAGGAGCAACCAAAGGCUGAAAACUCAAGCUGCAGAGUUGCUCAGAGCCAUUGGAAGCUGAAGAGUCAAACUUUUAAGGAUAUUUAGCUACCUAAUGAUGCUGAUAGGUACAUAGUGGGGGGAUUCAAAAGCUUACUGUCUACGCUGCUAGGAAGCUGAAGUCUCUUGAAAAAGCUUAUCUUGAGAGUUCAAUGUUUGUAUGCAUCAUUUGCUCAAGAGAAGACUGUAAUUAUCCCUAUGCUUUACCAGUGCUAAUAGAGACAAGCUUAGCUGCAUAGUAGUUUAGGGAAAGUACCUUGAAGCCCUGAUGUUUCAGGGGCGAGUUGUAUACAUGCAUUCCUAAGGGACAAUAGCAAGCUGUGUUUACUUUGGUAGUUUAAUCAUAUAUCCAGAAAGCAUAGAGAACUAUUUGGAUCUUAGUGCUCCUAACAUUUAUUUAGGAAUGCCAACUUUCACAAUGCAAGCACUGGUAGCAAGCUGUCUGAAAAACACAUUCAGAUGAAAUUAUUUUAAAUUGCAACUUUGCCCUCUCCUCAAAACAUUUUCAGAGCGCCCUGUAUUCUCCCCCCCUCCCACCCCAUUUUUUUGAACAGACAUUGAUUAGGCAAGGUCAAAUAAAAUUAUUCCUCUGCAAUAUUGGCUCUUUGAACACUGGCCACAGUAGCUGAACUCUGAACAGUAGGGACUUUUCUGUCUCAUUGUUCAAAACAGGAUAUGUAAAUAAAAGAGCUUUUCCAAUUUGUUUCACCUGCUAAAGCAUUCAGCACUGCUUAAGACACUUCAGGACAGUGACAUCAAACUCACUUCUGUGUCUUCCCAGGCAGAAAUGUUUACCUCCCUGUUGGGUUUGCAUAUUCUGCUGUUGCCUUUAAAUUCCAUGGUUACUCUUCCAGUUUUUCCUAUCUUCCCCCCAGUGUUUGGAAUUCCCAGGCUGAUCUGAUGUUCAUUCCUUGGUGUGAAUGGCAGUGAAAGCAGACACACUUUUCCUAAAUGCGAGGAUCCACUCCUUUCUAGUGGGAAGUGGUACUGGUACCGAGGCAAGUAUGAAAGCCCUGGCAGUAUUGCUCCAUAGGAGGAGCAUUGACAUGAUUAUAGAGGAAGCUGUGUGAAGUGUACCCUAUUAAUUCUUCCCAAUUAUAAGACUAAAAGUAUAGUGAAUAUGAAUAUUCAUGUCUCCUUUUUUUUUAAAGCUGCUGUCUGACUAAUUGAGGGGGUUGUGAUAUAGAUGUGUAUAUAUAGAUAGAUAGAGAGAGAGAGAGAGAGAGAGA